AUGAGAAGAUCAUUGUUCUGCUUUUAUUGUGUUUUGAUCAGCUAUUUUUUGGCGUCUGCAACUGAUAAGGAAGGUAUGGCUUGAAGUAAAAUUUUGGAAUGUAAGUUUACUUUUGUUUGACUUGGAGCUGACGAAAUUUGAAACUAACACGAUUUCAACGCUCAUGCAGACGUUUUCAGUAAAAGCAAAAUCACUUGACUUUCGUUAAAUCUUUCUUUAGAGUGUCAUUUUAGACUAAUACUGACUUGCUAAAGUACUCCAAGUCAACGAAUUAAUAAUUAUUUUCAGAAUUUUAUUUAUCUAAUUCUGAUCUCAUACCUAUGUUUCAGGACAAAAGGUGCGGAAGUCUGCCCAGUGUCCGGACAUUAAUGAGGUGCAGGUUCAGAUGCUAGACGAAGAUAUUCUUAGAGAUCCUGAAAAGAGAAUUGACCUGCACGUAAGCAUUAUAUUUUCAGCCUUUUUUAUCCUAUGCUUCUUUAGACGGUUCGACAUGAGUCGACCUACAAAGGACAGGGUUGAAUUUUUGUUUCUAGCAAGUCGGAGGUUUAUGCCGCUACAACCUUUCCCUAAAAUCCAUGGAAAAGUUAAACCCUUUAUGUACCUAUCUAAAUUGGGUUCAGCAGCUCAUCUCAGAGUUCUAACAGUGUCCCCCUAAACCCUAACUUCGGUUUAUCUACGGCUGUUGGGUUUCCGUGGUUUAACCGUGAAGCGUGUGUUUGACACUCACCUCGAAGCAUUUCUUUACAGAUGAGUUUUGAGACCUUUACCCCAAGUGAAAAGUCGACUUACAACGAACAGGGUAACCAGGAUUGGUCACGGCAUUCUAUUAGACUCCUCCUAUCAUCACUGAAGCUGCAUCUUAUGUUGAGAGUGGAUGUCAGGUGUAAAAUCGAGAAUUGUAGCGGAUUUGAAGGGCGUGGUACGAAGUUAUUAACCGGCAAGGUAAUGUAUACGGCUAUCAUGGAGGUUAGAAAAAGAUAGAAAAGAUUUAUCUUGUUACAAGCAGCAGUCUAUAUGUAAACGAUUAAAUUCAUGAUUAACAAAAAGAAUCUAAAUACCCUUUUGUCCCUGUUUAAAAGAAAGUGAUAACUGGUUUCUAGUCGCUGUACGCUUCGCUUGAAUUUAUAGAAGCCCAUCUUAAACCUCGUCCCUAGGGCUUAGGCUUUUGGAACGAGGUUGGCCUUUACGGAAAGAAGAUAAAAGUUUAUCCAAUUAUCAAUGCAAUGGUAUUUUGAAAAAACUGUUUAAGUUUUGGCACAAUCAGUCGUAACACCGAAUUGUCCACAGUAGGCGAUUUUCAUGUCAGCCAGCAAAAACAGCUGUCUCUCCUGGCCAGCUCCUUGCUGCAGCGAGAAGACACGGCUGCCUGCGCGGGCUAGCGAUCUUUACGAUGAUGUCAUGUUACUAUGACUGCAAGACUGAAAUUUGUUUUGCGUCCUAUAUUUACAUUUAGCCUAGGGUAUGUUCAUUGAUCUUUUUCUGACGAAUAGGAAAAAUCUCAUUGAGGUUUCGCCCGACCGUUUAUAUGGCCUGUUCUGAUUGAUUAUUUUAUAAGUUUGAUUGCUUGUGUUUUUACUUUUCAGAAUGGUAUUGAGAUUUAUCUCGAGUGCGGCAGCUCAACUUCAGCCAAAUACGACUCAGUCAAACGGAUGACAUCGGUAACACUCGACUGGAUAACAAGGCCAUUCAAAAGCCUUAACAACAUAACAGUGAGCUCUUAUGAAUAUUUGGUAGACAAGAGAGCGAAGAGGAUCGCGUUGCAACUAAGGAGACUGAAAGAUAAGUUUGAGGGGAGCAUUCACAGUUAUUUCAAGCCAACACUUGACAACCCGAUAACAGUGAUCGAAGCGGUCCUGGAAGUGAUAUGGACGGCAGUCAGACCUCUUCUGCGAACUUUACAGUUGCUGUGUGAUUUUAUUGCUGUUGUUAUUAAACAGGCCAAGGUAGGCAACAAACUGAGAUUCCUGUACGCCUCUCCUCACUGCUUAAAAUGUGUAUACAACUAUUGGCGUUUUCAAAAAGAGAAAAACGACUACUUUUCUUGGCUGAUUUGUAACUAGGUCCAUGCGGCUUACACGAACACAUGUUUGACUAGACGGUGGCUAAAAAUGAAAAGGGAAAAAGAAAGGAAGGAAAUUUAAAAAAAAGUUGCAGAGGAAGGGGGGAAAGUGGUAUGAUAGAGCAACUCCGAUCAAGUUUGACGCAAAAAUACUCAAAAUUGCUUAGUCGUCGUCUGCGAUGUUCUAGUACUGAAGAUCACUGCUACAUAAGACAAAAAAAAAUCUGUUUCUCCUUUCCAUUUAAGAAGUGUUAAAUCCAACCAGACUUCCUUUUUGUUUUCUAAGGUUAAGACUGCAGAGUUCCUCAAGAAAUAUUCAGCUGUAGUGUAUUGCUUUAAAAACUUUCAGGUCAUAGGAGGUAAGCUAUUAUGACUAAUAAAGAUGAGAUUAACUCGGUGACGUCAACGUGGCUUAUUUAACGGGGAUGCUGUUAAAUGGUCUUGUGACUGACAAACCAAGGUCCGUUUGUGUCUCCCUUGCCGACUGAUCUCAAGCUCCCUGUCCAAGUUCGAGAGGCCACUACCAGAACUAAAAAAAAAAAAACUGGGAAGGGUAAAGAUUACCCGUGGGGACAGGGGUUGGGGGCGGCAGAGGACUAUGGAGACUCUAUUUCAGUUCCGCCCCCAAAACCUCCAACCAGGAAAUCAAGAUGGCGGCUUCUCGAAUUUUGGUGAUCUUCCUGGACGAUUACGCGAAAAUCAAGGGCACUAUAAAAACACUCUAGAAACCGGUUCAAAUUUCGAGUUCAAAAUGCUGACUGACAUCUAUCUAUUGAGCAAAAAAAAAACCAGAACGUUUCCUUUGACAUGAGAAAUAUGCCAGUUUUUCUGACAAACGAAAGUUGACACAGAUAACGACUUAGUUAGAGAGGUGAAUACUCUCAUACUCAGAAAUCCGUGAACUUCCGAAAUAUUUCUGGAAUACUUAUUCUGCUCAUUAUGUUAUGAUCAGUCACGGCAAAUAUCAGGACAAGCGACAAAAACACAAGUUAAGCGCGAACGUUCUUAAACUUUUCUUUACUCGAGCAGGUCACGUGUUUUCAGUGGUUGAGCAGUGGCCUUUGGGAUGGCAGGACUCCAUAGAGUUCAUUGGCUUUUCAUGGGUUAUUACUUACUUCAUGUUUAACCUCAUCAAAUUCUCUGCUAUGGACGAAAGCAAACUACACAGGUAAUGUUUAAAAUAAGCAACAAUGCGGAACCAACAGUGAGCUGACUACCCACGAGUCUAAACAAGGAAAACUUAGUGAUAGAUAAAUCGGCAUUAGCCCCUGGGUAACAAUCUUUUGGAUUUCAUAAUAGUUUAUAGUUUGAUCAUACGCACGCACUAACCAACUUACCGUAAAUCCUCUAUUAAGCCCCUCUUUUAAUGUCCCCCCUGCCCUCUCCCUUAUUUUUAAAUGAUUUACUGUAUUUUAAAACAGUAAAUCAUUAAAACUAAUCACGCUUAUAGCACAAUACAUGGACUGAUCCGGUAUGGUUUAUUCAUGUGCAGGAAAUUAAAGUACGCAUUUGUUUUUGAAGUUCGGCUGCACUACCUCUAACUUCACACGAGCCUGACCCUUUCCAAUUUGCUUUCUAGUUCUUCAUGAAGAAUUAAUACCAUAAUCUUCUCGAAAUUCGGGGGCGGUCUCCUCCAAAAUUUUUUUAACCCUUCGGGCCUCAGUUUGGUGCAAGAAUGGUGAAGAAGGGGAGGGGGGGCGGGCCCCCUGGGCCCCUCCCAUGGAUCCGCCACUGGACAUUGCAACACUUUUAGACAUAACUGAGAAUCAGGUUCGACAACGUACGCGGAUAAAUCUCUGAAGUCUCUACCCCUAACCCUGGACAAAUGUCGAUAUCCUUUAAAUUUUAGGCAGCAGAGUUAGUGGUAGAGUAUUUUCUCGAUUGUUCCUCAAUAGAAAAUGUAAUUUGCUUCUCUUUAUUCUCUUUCAUAGAACCACAAGACGGCAAGACAACAUUCGUUAUCCUCCGAAAAAGAAAGACAGUAAUAAAGAGCUGAUUUUGUAA